GGGAGCUCGCCCCCAAUCCAUCCCGGGGGGCUCCGGGAGGGUUUUUUUUGCGGGGCAGGGGAUGUUUGGAUGUGGCAGGAGCCCAAAGGCGAGCCCGAAAUGGCCCUGGAGGGAUCUUGGCGGGUCCCAGGUGGCGAUGGCCCGGGAGCGGCGGGGAGGGGGCGAUCUCGGCUCUGGGCAUCGGCGGCAGAGCCGGGGGGGAAGGCGGGAGCCCCGGAGCGGGGAGAGCGCCCAGGGCCGAUCCCGGAGCCGGGGCACCCCCGGCAGCCUGGAGGGCUGCGGGAGCUCGGUGAUGAGCGGGCUCCGGGCCCCCCGAGGCUGAAAGGGGCGCUGACUUCUCCAGCUGCCCUUGGCCAGCGGCACCAGCGAACCCAACGCGCUCAGCCCUUGUUUUCCUCCCCACAGCAGCAUUUCCCAAACCCCGGCACCGAGGAGGAGGAGGAGGCCGUGAGGAAGAGGAGGAGGAUGGCCCUGGAGGCUCAGGCAGAGCAGGAGCUGAGCACGGAGAGCAGCGAGGACAAAUCCCCGCGGCAGAACCUCGUGCAAGAGGCCGUUGGCAGCGGCUCCACGGCGCAGGAACGCAACGGGGAGGAAAAGCCCCGCAGAUCCCACACCAGGAGGGGCUGCAAACGCACAGCCCGGGGAUCCCAGCAGCAAAGAGCCAGCCCGGGCCAGGGAGGCGGCCGCAGCUCGGAGCUGGGGCUCCCGGAGCAGCUUCGCGAUGGGGAGAAGCCCCACAAGUGCUCGGAAUGUGGGAAGGGAUUCAGGUGGAGAUCGGAGCUGGUCAAACACCAGAGAAUCCACACGGGGGAACAACCCUACGAGUGUGGGGAGUGUGGGAAGAGAUUCAGAGUGAUCUCAAACCUGAACACACACCAGAGAACCCACACGGAGGAGAGGCCCUACGAGUGUGAUAAAUGCAGGAAGAGGUUUCAGACCCGCGCCCAUCUCCACAGACACUAUCGCACUCACACAGAGGAGAGGCCUUAUGAGUGCCCUGACUGCGGGAAGGGCUUCAAGCAAAACUCCACGCUUAUCAAGCACCGGCGCAUCCACACCGGGGAGAGGCCCUACGAGUGUGAUAAAUGCAGGAAGAGGUUUCAGACCAGCUCCCAUCUCCUCAUGCACUAUCGCACUCACCUGGAUGAGAGGCCUUAUGAGUGCCCUGACUGCGGGCAGUGCUUCAAGCGGAACUCCAACCUCGUUAGGCACCAGCUCAUCCACACCGGGGAGAGGCCCUACGAGUGUGAUAAAUGCAGGAAGAGGUUUCAGAGCAGGUCCCAUCUCCUCAAGCAUUAUCGCAGUCACAUCAUGGGGAGGCCGUAUCGCUGCCCCGACUGCGGGAAGGGCUUCAAGUUAAACUCAGACCUCAUCACCCAUCGGCGCAUCCACACUGUGGAGAGGCCCUACGAGUGUGAUAAAUGCAGGAGGAGGUUUCAAACCAACUCCCAUCUGCUCCAGCACUGUCGCAUUCACACCGAGGAACGGCCUUAUGAGUGUCCCGACUGCAGGAUGGGUUUCAGGAAGAAAUCAUACCUCGUCAAGCACCGCCGCAUCCACACCGGGGAGAGGCCCUACGAGUGUGAUAAAUGCAGGAAGAGGUUUCAGAGCAGUUCUUGUCUCCUCCAGCACUAUCGCACUCACACUGGAGAGAGGCCUUAUGAGUGCCCUGACUGCGGGAAGGGAUUCAAGCAAAACUCCAGCCUCAUCAUCCACCGGCGCAUCCACACUGGGGAGAGGCCCUACGAGUGUGAUAAAUGCAGGAAGCGGUUUCACACCAACUCCAUUCUCGUCAGGCACUUUCGCACUCACAUCGAUGAGAGGCCUUAUGAGUGCUGCAUCUGUGGGAAGGGUUUCAAGCGAAACUCCAGCCUCAUCAUCCACCGGCGCAUCCACACUGGGGAGAGACCCUACGAGUGUGAUAAAUGCAGAAAGAGGUUUCAGAGAAGCUCCAAUCUCCUCCUGCACUAUCGCACUCACAUCGAUGAGAGGCCUUAUGAGUGCCAUGACUGUGGGAAGAGCUUCAAGGAAAACUCACACCUUGUCAGACAUCAACUCAUCCACACUGGGGAGAGGCCCUACGAGUGUCCCGAGUGUGGGCAGAGCUUCUCCAGGAGCUCUCACUUGAUCCGACACCAACGGAGUCUCCACUGAGGGAAGCCCUGCGCGUGCCCCGAGUGCGGGAAGAGCUUCGUGCGCUGCUCCAGCUCCAUCCCCCAUGGCAGGAUCCGCGCUGGAUGAUCCCCAGUGAGCCCCGGUGGGCAGAGCCCCGCUGAGCCCUGGUGCCGCUGAUCCGUGUUGGGAACACACCUGGCUGGGGGCUCCACGUCCUCCUGCUCCCAUCCCAGCCCACAUCCCAUUCCCAGUCCCAUGCUCCGUAUCCAUUUCCAUUUCCAUUUUCAUAUUUCCAGUUCUGUUCCCAUAUUCCCAUUCCCAAUCCUGUUUCCAUAAUCCCAUUUCCGUUCCCUGUUCCAUUUCCUUAAUCCUCUCCCCAUAUUCUCUUCCCAGUUUGUUAUUUCCAUAUUCCCUGUCCCAUUCCCGUAUUCCCAUCCCCUGUCCUGUUUCCAUUCCGAUCCCAUGUUGCACAGUUAUGAACAAGGAGUGGAAAUUUCAGUUUGAAAUAAGUACAAAUCUGUUUUAAGUUCCUUCAAAAGUAAAAGCCUGAGGAUCUGGUGUGAAAAACCAGCUGAAGCGAAAUCUCCAAAACUUAAUUCUAGACAGAGUAAAAAUACAGCAAGAAUAUUUCUUCUGACUCAAGAAAAAUCUCACUUUUUACAUCUGCUGUCAUCAGUCAUCUCUGGAUAACCUUGGAGGUCUUCUGUAACAUAAGUUGUCCUUUUGAAUUGUUUAAUUGGCAUCUUCCACAAGCAGUUGGGGAUGGAUUGGAUCAAAACUCGUUGUUUUGGGGACAGUGGGUUGGAAAUCACGCAGGUUUCUUCCACCCACCCAAGCUCUGCCUGCAGGGAAAUUCUUUUGUUUUGACCUUGAAAUGUCGAUGUUUCUGUUUGAAAACGUUUCAAAGUUUGGUUAAAAUACAGAUGUUGAACUGA